CUACUUCCCCCCUUCUCCUCAUCUUAUUACCCAAGCAUUUCACCGUCACAGUGGAACUACUGCGUCGUCCCCUUGUCGCUUGUCCUGUUGCUCCAUCCUGAACACGACCAUAUGAUGCAACACCGACGUUAGUCGCUUGUCGCCUUUUCGUUCCGUUUGCGUCCUCCCUGAUCAUCCAUCUCUUGGCUUUGGAGACUUCCCUCCGGCAUUCUCCCAGCUUUUAAUUUAUUGUUUUCUUUUUUUUUCGUUUCAUUAAAAACACCAGAGCCCCAUCUCUUUACCGACUCGGUUCUCUUCCCUUAGCCUGCUCACCAUGGCUCCUCGAACUUCCCACCACGAGAGCCCUCAUCUAGAGGAGGGUCUCACAACCGGAGCGACCGAUGAGAAGAGGGCUCUGUUGAUUGAUGACACCACGAACACCACCCGGUUAGAUUCGGAUCUCGAAUACUCGGUUUCGCCCCGGAAAUCCACUGCCGCAAGGAUGAAAUCGGCCUGUCGCUUCGUCGCUGCGUUCUUGGUCUGCUUCCUUUUGGCCUUUGGCCUCACAUCCGCCGUCCUGCCCUCAUACACAAGCAUAAGCACAAGCACAAGCACAAGCACUCAUGAUGGCCGGCCUGGUGUCCAACAAGUCGGGGCCGAUGCCCGGCCACCGAUGGGAUCAUGCCAGCACAAUCUGCUGCACAGGUUGCUACACGCCUACUUCCCCGAGAGGUUCCGGGAUGGGGUCUACCCUUCGGACGAGGAUGCUCUUUCUGCUGUUGCUGCCCAUGACCCAGACCUAGCCACGGGCAUCGCCCAGCUAGCCAAGCGGCAAGAUGCCGGCGGCAGUGGCAACGAGACGGACCCUGUGUCCGACAUCUCUUCCCCAUCCCCUAUCCCGUCACCUACGGGCCCGGACUCUGAUCCUCCCGUCGUCGCUCCGACGUCCGAGGAGCCCAUUUCUCCGUCCCCCACAGACGACGACUCCCCUACCACCCCCCCACAGCCUCCGUCCACACCGGGCACCACUUCCACACCUGCUCCUCCUCCUCCUUCUCCUCCCCCUCCUCCUUCUCCUCCUCCUCCUCCUCCUCCUCCUCCCACGUCUGUUUCUCCCCAGCCGCCUCCGCCACCACCACCAGUAUCCUCGGAUGCCGACGACGACGACGACGACGACGACGAACCUGAACCCACCACACCUACCUCGAUCAAUCCCGGACCCGGACCCUCGCCCACCUCGGUGUCAACAUCAGCAGAGCCCUCUGAACCCGACAUAGAAGAUCCGGAGACAAGCCCCAGCCCCUCGGAACCGCCGACGACGAUUACCACCACCCCGAGAACGACGAGGAGCCCUUCUUUAAGCAGCGAGGUGGUGACCACCAUGACAUCGACCGACGCCGACGGCGGCCUCGUUCUGGUCACGCACACCUCGUACGUGGGCGUCGAGCCCUCGGCUGAUGCCCCCGACGCGGCCCAGACGGCGGAUGGCGACCUCCAGGACGACGCCUCACGGCCACGGAACACCGUUUUGACUUGGCUGGCUGUUGUAGCGGUCGGAAUGGCACUCCUUUAAAGGGGAUAUGAACAACCAACUUGCGAC